AUGUCACCGGCCCCCCUGACUCUGUCCACAGCUGAUACCGGAACGGUGAAGAUUUUCGGGAAUCUUCCAGAAAUCCCGAGGGUAUCAGGCACCAUUCAGUCGCUUCGCCAGACCGAAGCAGCAGAGAGGGAGCAGAAAGGCCCCCCGCGGCUGGAGGCAGGUGUUGUCGAGAAGGACUCGACAAUCCUAGCCAGAGACGGUCACCCGAUUCCAGUACGAUUUUACUCUCCCACGGUCCCUUCAACAAAAGGAUAUCCCCUCGUCGUAGCAUUCCACGGCGGUGGGUUUUGUCUCGGUGGGCUCGAUGGAGAGGAAGCGGACUGUCGCGAGUUCGUGAAACGUCAUCAAUGCAUAUGUGUCAACGUCGACUACCGCCUGGCACCAGAGUAUCCCUUUCCUACCGGUGUCAAUGACAGCUGGGACGCUCUCAAAUGGAUAGCGGAACAUACGGCCGAGCUCAAAGCUGAUCCUUCCAAAGGCUUUAUUGUCGAAGGCUGUUCAGCCGGUGCCAAUUUAGCAGCGGUAGUAUCCUUGAUGGCCAGAGACAAGAAGCUGUCACCACCCUUGACGGGAGAAUUGCUCAAGAUCCCAUGCCUGCUGACCGCGGAUGCUGUUCCCGCAGAAUACAAGCCACUCUACAGAAGCUACGAGCAGAACGAAGAUGCGGCAAUCCUGCCCACGCCAGCAAUACAAAUAUUCUGGGACAGCUACAAAGGAGACACCUCAUCGUGGCUUUUCAACCCAUUUAACCAUCCCGACGGUCACGCCGGCCUUCCUCCUGUCUACUUUCAGGUCUGUGGCAUGGACCCACUCCGAGAUGAGGCGUUGAUCUACGAGAAAGUCCUUCGCGAGCAGUACGGGGUUGAAACAAACCUCAAGGUAUACCCGGGAGUGCCUCAUGGCUUCUGGACGGCAUUCCCCGAUUUGCAGGUCAGCAAGAAGUUCGUCGAGGAUACAAGUGAAGCUUUGGGGUGGCUGCUGGACCGCUCGAAGAAAUAA